AGCCGGUUGACCAAUAGGGUUUAGAGGUGGGCGGGACUUGGUCGUUUCACAACACAAUGAUAAGAGCCGGGACGGGUUAGACCAGCCCGGACUCAAACAUGAUCAUAACAUCUGCAUAAGACGUUUUCGCCCCAAUAACUUGGAAUGUGCCGGACUCGGAAGAAGUCCCUCACCCCUUGACUGUUGUUUUGCAUGCUGACAUCUUGUUCCGCUGCAGCGUCAGGAUGAAGGGUCUUUACCUGGUAGAGCCGGUGGUGGCCCUCUACGCCUUCUCCACCUACCUGUGCUACCCGCUGGUGCAGCAGUACGUGUACAGGCGCCUGUGGGACGACCUGACCAACAGCAGCGACCCCAUCACGUCCACGCCGUGCGCCUCCAACAGCAGCAACCAGUCCGUCUACUUUGAGGAAGUGCAGCGGCGGUCCUCGCUCUUCUCGCUGUACACGGAGCUGCUGUCGGCCGUGCCCUCCCUGGCGGUCACGCUGGCGGUGGUUGCCUACAGCGACCGCGGCGGGCGCAAGGUGGCCAUCGUGCUGCCGCUGGCGGGCACGCUGGCGUUCACGCUGGUGCUGCUGUGCGUCUCCUACUUCCGGCUGAACGUCUACAUCCUGGUGGGCGCCACGCUGCUGCCGGCGCUGUGCGGCGGCCUGGGCACCUUCCUGGGCGGCUGCUUCGCCUACGUGGCCGACGUGAGCGCCGACGGCCGGGGGAAGACGCUGCGCAUGGCCGGGCUGGACAUGAUGAGCGGCCUGCUGUCGGGCGUGGCCGCCUUGUCCACCGGCUACUUCCUGCGGGCGGCCGGCUUCAACUGGCCCUUCUUGGCCUCCGCCGCGUGCCAGGCGCUCGUGCUGCUGUACGCCGUGUUCGUCCUGGAGGAGACCGUCAAGCGGCCGCCCGCCGACGCCGCCCAUCCGGACGAGCCGCGGCGUCCCUCGGCCUUGCAGCAGAUGUUCUACGGGGUCUACCGGAUGUUUUCCAGGGCCGGCCGCGAGCGCAGGACGGUGCUGGUGCUCCUCAUGUUGAUCUUCAACAGCUUCUCCUUCGCCUACUUCGGCGGCGCCUCCCUCUUCGUGCUCUACGAGCUCAACGAGCCGCUGUGCUGGAGCGAGAUCCUGAUCGGCUACGGCACGGCCGUGUCCACCUCCGUCUUCCUGUCCAGCUUCGCCGGCGUGGCGGCGUUCACGUACUGCGGCGCGCCCGCGCUGCUGAUGGUGCUGAUGGGCGUCCUGUCGGUGGCCACGGGCAUGGUCGUCAUGGCGUUCUCCAAAAGCACGAUGAUGAUUUUUCUGGCCAAGCUGACCAUGCUGCUGUCCAUCAUGCCUUACUCCGUGCUGCGCGCCAUCAUGUCCAAGAUCGUCUCCAAGUCGGAGCAAGGCGCCCUGUUUGCCUGCCUGUCCUUCGGGGAGGUGCUGACGGCCAACGUGUCGGUGGCGGUCUUCAACAGCGUGUACGCGGCCACGGUGGCGCGGCACCCCGGCCUGGUCUUCCUGCUGGCGGCCGGGCUCUGCACGGUCCCCGUCUUGCUGCUGUGGGUGGUGUGGAUGGUCGGCGUGGACGUGGCCGACGAGGACUCGGGACCGGAGCGUUCCCAAGGAGACAAGGAGACCAAGGAGACGUCUGAAGAGGAGGCCCCGCUGCUCACGUGAAUCCUCGCCAAGCGUCUCGCUCGCCCAAGUCCUGGAUUUUCUACAUCAACUUGUCCGCGCUCUACUUUGCAGAACAGCCAUCUUUUAUCGGAAGCUGCUAUUAUUAUUUAGGUUGACUUCCUUCCUGGUGCCACACACCUGUCAGCUGGCCAUGAAAUGUGACCUUAAAAAGGGAGGAACAAUGUUGAUUUAUUUGGGGCCCCCUCAGGAACAUGAGAGCACCACAAUAAUAAUUGUAUAUUACCAAAGCUUCUUUUUAUAAAUGAAGAUGUAAUCAGAGUUGUUUUAAGUUGUAUUUACUGAUUGUUAUAUAUA